CAGAGGCGGGGGUGCGCGCGCACCUCCUGAGCGAGCGAGCGCGAGCGGCGAAGGGAGCGCGAGACGUGCGCCCUGCUGCCCCGCGCCGGGCCAGGGCUCGCGCGCCAGGGAGCAGGUGAGCUCGCGCCAGCCCCCUCCCCGCUCCCCCACUGCCUCGCGCCCCUCCGUGGCUGGCCCUGCGGAUGCGGCCAUGACCCGGCGUUGGCGGGGCCGGCCUGGCCAUGGGCUGCCUGCAGAGCGUGGCGUGCAAGGCGCGGGUGCGGCGGGAGAACAUCGUGGUCUACGACGUGUCGGCCUCCAUCGAGCCCAGCGCCACCGCCAUCGAGGAGACCUCGCCCAUCGUGCUCCGCUACCGGACGCCCUACUUCCGCGCCGCCGCCCGCGUCCUCAUGCCGCCCAUCCCGCGGCGCCACACCUGGGUGGUGGGCUGGAUCCAGGCCUGCAACCACAUGGAGUUCUACAACACCUACAGCGACCUCGGCAUGUCAAGCUGGGAACUUCCAGAUUUAAGGGAAGGACGUGUGAAAGCCAUCAGUGAUUCUGAUGGAGUGAGCUACCCUUGGUAUGGAAACACCACAGAAACAGUGACCUUGAUUGGCCCCACUAAUAAGGUCUCCAGGUUCUCAGUCAGUAUGAACGACAAUUUCUACCCUAGUGUAACAUGGGCUGUCCCUGUGAGUGACAGUAAUGUACCACUACUAACCAGGAUCAAACGGGACCAAAGCUUUACCACGUGGCUUGUAGCUAUGAACAUGACCACAAAGGAAAAGAUUAUCUUGCAGACUAUAAAAUGGAGGAUGCGAGUGGACAUUGAAGUUGAUCCCAUGCAGAUCUUGGGCAAGCGAGCCCGGUUGGUGGGGAGGACUCAACAGGAACAGCCCAAAAUUCUGAGCAGAAUGGAACCCAUUCCACCAAAUGCACUAGUGAAACCCAAUGCCAAUGAUGCCCAGGUCCUCAUGUGGAGGCCCAAACGAGGCAUGCCUUUGGUAGUGAUACCACCCAAGUAGAGGACAUAGAGGACAAUAUAAGUGAGAACUUUUGCCACCGCUGGUGUUAAAUCUGAGCCAAAGAAGACCUCUCAAGUUCACCUGCCUGUUGCAGCUGUAAGUGGAAAGAGGGCUUCUUCAAGACAGUAUUAUAUGUCUAUGGCCACAGUGAAAAACCUAGAUCUGGGGAUGCUGGAAGAUGAAAUGAAGCUGUUUCUCCCUUCAAGAUUUUCUCAUGGAGAAAAUGGCAUUCUUAUCUUCACUGAAAUAUGGUGAUCACAAGUGUUAUUUCCAGUGCCUGUGGCUAAUGCUACUUCCCAGCCAACUAGAUGUAGUUAUGGAGGUCAUUCUUACCAAACAUUCAUGGAUUUCUAGUAUGUUGCUUACUACUGGGGAAUAGGACAGGAAGGGAUGGCAUAUUACCACAACAUUAUACCUAUGCAUUUUUAUUGAUAAUCAAAAUUAUUGCCCUGCUCAUUGGAAUGAAAGGAAUGUUUGUGAAGCAGGAAUGACAGUGCUGACUGUUGAGCUUCACACCUCUAAAAAGAAAAGCCCUGUAUGUACACAUGGAACUGUCCACGGUGCUGAACUAAAGCACAACCCGAAUUACAAUAAUAUUGUCCACUUUUCCUCUUUCAGGGGAUAAUUUAUUUGGACUAAUGGCGUUAAGACCUUUUGCAUGUUUCUCAGUGUGUUUCAAGUAGUUGUAAGUGUAGGAAUUUUGCCAUAGUUGUCCAUGUUGUGGGGAAAAUCCAAGGUAAAUCAACUAGCAGCACCCUGGUGUUUGAGAAACACUGCUGUUUCCACACAGCAUUUCCUACUUCUCUUUUUGUCAAGGAUCAAAAUAUGAUCUGCACACAGCAUGUUUGUUUAGCAAGGGGAAAGUGGUUAUUAUGGUAUGUUUGGCAUGGGAGGGUGAUGUUACCCAUUGAGAGUACUGAAAAACAGGAGAAACUAACUACCCUUAAAACAUUACCCAGUAUAUCUUCCUCCCACUGCUUAUAGUAUCUUAUCUUUCAAAUGGUAAAGGAGGGACUCUCAAAGGGAGAACAAAUAUGGAGAAAAUUCUUGGAGCAUAAGCACUCAACAAAAUCUUGCAAGGUUAGAUGAUACCCUCAGGCUAUCUUCUAGAAUUGAAUGUUUUGUAAACUGAAAUUUCCCAUUUUGAAAAUAGUUUUGAAAAGUUAAUCUUUCUCUGUAUUUAAAGAGAAUACAUCAUCAUACACUGGGUAGUGAACACUGGAAGAUCUUGGGACCAUGGCCACAGUGAAAAACCUGACAUCUUCUUGAGUACUUGUUGUCAGAUUAGUGUUGUCUGAUUAUUAUGGUGAGCGAGGGAAAGCCCACAACCCAUAUUAUAACCAGAGGAGUGCUUUCAGCCUCUUUCUGUUACUAUACUAUUGUUGACUUUAAAGCAACACCUCCUAUGGGAAUUUUAGAAAAAGAUAGUGUAGAAAGUAGUACAGUUCAUGGGAACUCCGGGCAUAGCUUUUUGGUCAAUACACAGUUUGAGGCAUUAACAACAUUAAGAGAUCAUGUAGAAAACUGAAGAAAAUCAGAAACAUUGCUGAUUUCUUCGGCUACAUAAUAAUGUAUGGGUCAUAGUUCUAUGGCUAGUAGCUAUUGCCAAUAUGAAGAUAAAACCAGUCAAACAGGAUUUGUGAUGUGUUUCAACACUUUUAGGAAUUAUUACAUGCAGAAUCCAUGUUGGUACAAAAUGUAUGGUAUGCUAACACAUUUUCGCAUCAAGCCAGUAGCAUUGGAGACUGCCAUUCUUAAAUAAGCAAAGAUUAGCACUUCCAAAGAAAAUGAUGCAUUUUUCACUGAGGCGGUUGUGCUCCUUCUCCAUGUGUAUAUAUAUAUAUGAUGCAGUAAUACUAGUCUGUUGAUCUGUUAUUAGCUAGGUCUUCACUAUGAACUAUCUGGGCAGCUGAAACACUAUAUUGUAUGAGUGGAAUCUUUGGGGAGGGAGGACAAAAUUCCUAGCAAUCUUACUAAAAUUACAUCAAUGUUUUUUAGAAUGCUUUUUGGCAUAUCAUGACAGAAAGCCCGAGAUAAAAGUGUGUGUAACCUAGCAUUAACACUAGUUUUGGAUUUGAUCUCAGUACUUGAACUUCCUUGUCUUCAGGUCAGCUACACAACAUGUUUCUGCUAUUGAUCAGGAUUGGUGCCAUCAUUCUGCUUCUUUGUAAUGCUUUAAUGAUCCUGCUUAUCUCUGAUUCCAUACACUUGUCCUGUUAAGCUCUUGAUCCCACACUGGCCAAACAUAUAAGGACUGCUGUGUAUCCAUGGGCAGGGAGGCAUGAUUCCCAUGGCUAGUUCCUUUGGACUUGAAGAACUUGAAGAAGCUGCUAUAUAAAUAGUGUUAUUAAGCCAUGGAUCUACAUAUUGUAGGGCAAACACUAUUGAAAUUACUUGAGUCUGCCAUAUAAUAAUUAAGGGAAUUAAAUAUACCGCUGUGCCAUCUGCUGUGAAAUUUACUGCCACACAGAGUACAGGCUCUGCGUGACACCUUUGUUGUAGCAAAUUUCAAAGAGCUGUGUUGCAUCAUUCUUUACCUACAAUAUAAUAGAUGGCAUGUUGAUUGAUAUCAAUUAGACUAAUAUUAGCUUUGUAUGAAUUACCCUCUAGAAAUUCACUCAACACUGCUGAAUUCCCAUAGGAAGUUUGCCUGAUUCUAGAACAGCAUGUUAAUACUGUCCUACCACCCACAAUGUUUUGAGUUUUGCUUCAGUGAGAUUUGUUGCAUGAUACAUACUUCAGUUUGUGUCCUAUUAGUGAGUUAAUUUUACAGUCAUUGUGGAAGUCAGAAUUCUCUACUUAACCUUGCAAAAUGACCAAACUCUCCCAUUUAAACCCACCCUUUUACCUAAUGCAGUUCCCCAACUGGGUGGUGAGCUAUAGCUUUCUGCUAUAAUCCUAUUGCUGAACACACAGCAAUUAUCUCAUCUUCCAGGACCUCUGGAGAACCCUCAGGUGGUCCUGAAGAAUGCCUUGUUGUUGUGUUCUUUCCUAGAUGGUAAAUGGUUGUCUUGGGGAGCCUGAAGCAGGUAAAAAGUGGGUUUUAGGAAAUGGCAAAUAGGAUAUAGUAUAAUCUUGCCUCAUAGAAUUUAAUGCUGUGUCUCUCUGAUCCAUGCUUUUAGCCAUGAACUCAUGGAUACUUAAAAAAUAGUGAUGGAAUUGACACAGCAUGAGACUACCAAAUUCUAUGCCUUUUAAAAAUUGAUUAAGUUGUGUCAAGCUCAGCUUUGCUUAGGUCACCUCAUAUUAUUUUUAUUGAUGAAUUUCUGUUUACACUUUAAACAUGCUGAGCUUUGGAACAGAGAUCAAAGUCUUUCUGCCUAAUAUCCCCAGGUUUCAAUGACCUGUGCCUUUGCUUGGCCCUGGCUAGGAGUAAUUGCUGUUCUCCAUUACCUCAGAAAACAAAUAGCUAAUUUAGGAGAUGUAAAGCUCUGGCAGACCUGCGCAGUCUAUUUCUGAAAGCAUUCUGAGACUAUAAGGAAACUUUCCUAAUUUCCUUUUAAGAAAAAGGGGAGCAAUAUUUUAAUAGCUCAUUGAAAAUCAGUGAUCAAAACUUUGGGUGAAAACAAUUGGAUGGUGUUAUAGAAAAGAAUGGACUCCACAAAUUCACAACUGCCACACAUGCAACAUUUCCUUGAUGUCAGUUUUUGAAUAACUUGAGUGAAAGCGGAUAGUCCCCUCUGCUGCAUUUUAGACAGGGAUGAAGAAACAUUCAAGAUUCAUUAUAUAUAUAUAAUUUCUUCAAUUUCUAACAUUUCUUUUGUUAUGUGGUAUUAACAUAAUGCCCGAGAUAAAGAACCUAGAUGAUUGAUUGGUUAGAAAUGUAGAUAUUGAGGAUUGAAUGCUGAUUAAUCUAGUGCACCCAGGAAGUGAUUCUAAAUUAGCCAUCCUGAGCACAUGAUAAUCCAUUCUUGUGCCCCUGGAAAAAACACUUUCUCCUUUCUCAGAGGGAAGGAAAGUUGUCAGAAUUUGGUUUCCUUGACAAGAAUACCCAGAAUUUAUUAAUUCUGGUCAUGGGUUUACUUUCAUAUUUUGACAUUGCAUAUUCUAGCGCCACAUUGCUCAUUGGGGUAGACAUUGAUUAUAUUUCUUGCAUCACAUGGUCUUGCUGCUCAUUGAGUAUGAGAGAGCAGCAUUGUAUUUCCAAGCCAAGCCUAGGGUGUAGAGCAGUCCUUCUCAACUUGUGGCCCUCCAGAUGUUUUGAACUUCAGCUCCCAGAAUCCCUGACCACUGGACAAGCUGGCUAGUGCUUAUGGGAGUUGGAGUCCCAAACACCUAGAGGGUCACAGGUUGCACAGGCCUGGUGUAGAUGAACAGAUCAUUGCUCGAGUUGAAUCCCAAAAUGAACUCAAGGUUAUCAAGGUGUAUUUCAGGGAUUAAUGUUAUAGAAUUGAAGUGGUAGCUCUUAAAAUAUAGCAGGCAUUUUAGAAAGUAUAUUCCUGAGUGUGAUGUAUUUAGAGAGGAAACCUUUUUUUUUUUAGUAGUGCUCUGUUGGCUAGUUGGCUCAUGUCAGAGGAAAACCCAGUCAGAAGUGGUCACUUGUCCCAGGGCAUCCCGUGAAAUUGUUCUAAUACUUUAAGCUGUACAAAGUGAGGUGGUUUUUUCGGUAGCAAAAAGAUAAUAAAGCAAAUUAUGUUGCAACAUGCAGUUUGAUAAUACUGAUGAAGCAUUUGGCAGGGAUUGACUGAUUGCAUCAUAGGAGUCUUGGGCAGUGAAAAGACAAUUUGAGCUAUUCCGAUCUUUGGCGUGGCUGCCAGACAAGUUACAGGAAAGGCAUGGAAGAGUCAUGGGCUUGAGGAGGCAACUGCUCAAUAGGAAAGAAGGUGUGUGUGUUCAUAUCAUGUUUGCAAGAUCUGUAAAUGGUCUGAGUCCUUACUUAAGGGGCAUGUAGAGUUGCAAGCAUCCCUCUAGUGAUCUCAGCAUGGCUCUUAGAUAUGGGCAAUCCUAAUACUAAGGAAAAAUUGUGACACCCCCCCCCCCCCCCAUGGUGAAUCAUUCUCCAAAAUCUUUGGUGGGCAAGAGUUGCCAGUUUUUGUAAAUGUACCAUGUGUCUCCUUUAGGUCAAAAUAAAUCUUGAACACAAAAGGUAGUGUUCAGGCACUUUCUGUUUUGAAAACAGUCUGAAAGACGCCUGAAAUUACAUUUUUGGGGCCAUCAUUUUUUUCAGAGAAUCAUGGUUGUGGUGUUUGGCAAUAUAAUCAACAGAUCCAUCAAGGUUGCCCGUCCCUGCCUUUCUGUUUCAUGUUGGCCCUUUAGUUGCUCUUUUAGAAGGGUGCAGAGGAUGUGGUUUGUCUAAUAAUGGUAGAACUCAAUGUGGGGUAGAAUCAUGGAUUUGUUAAUUUCCAAUCUUUCUGUGAUCUUUUUAUUUUUGUUUUUUGAGGACUGCAAGAUGUAUGGUUCUGGGAAGGGAAGCUAAGCUAGAAGAAAAAUGUACAUGGCAAACAUUGGUCAAGAGAGCUGAAAUUCAUAUUGAUUUGAAGUAACUAGCCAGAUCUUUGGCUGCUGGCAUCAGGACUUCUUUCAGUCAUAACAUCUAAUAUCAACGGUAGGCAACCUUUUGAGUUGAAUAUUACCUCUUACCUAAAUAGGCAGUAUUGUUACUUAUAACAGAAGAAAACUUUCAUCAUCCCAGAACUGUUGGGAAAUGGUGUGUAAUAAAGUCAUUUUUAAGAAUAGAUGUGGCAGUCUUUAUGGCUUCUAGAUUAAUUUUAGAAGGAGCAAAAUUGGGUGUUGGUGACUGCAGCAAUAGAGCAGGGAGUUGAAUAGUCUUACUUUGGACAGAGUUUCAUUGUGUAUGUGCUAGAAAUCUAUAUAAACAUAAAAAUAACGAGUAUAAGCUUUAAUUUGGAUACAAUGAAUUACUGGAUACAGUGCAUUGUUAAGUCACUACCAACUAUUUUAAGACUGUGGUUGAGAAAGAGCCUCCAUUCUACACAGCCUAAUGACUUUUUUGUGCCUCAGUUAAGAAUGAACAUUGUCACAAUAGAGGUUACUACUUCUAUUAUUUUUGGUUUUUGUUUUGGGAGCUGACAUAACAGCUGAGAUAUUUGUGGCUCUGGCACUUUCUGCCUUCCUCCUUUCUUCUUGCUACUUCUGCCUUGGCACAGAUUCUUGGAUUCCCACUUUCAACUUGUGGCCUGUUAUAGUUUAGAUUCUUUAAGGUAACCCAUAGGGCACUCAUAUAGGUUGGAGCCCUCCUUGGGAGAAGGAAGGGAAUUUUGUAGCCCUUUUCUCCUUGCUAUUCUGAAGCAUGUAUCUGAAGCUAUCAGUUGACCAUAUGUGUGAUUCUCCCAAAGGGUGAGGCAUCUUUACUCUCAGGGAAGAACAGGAGGGGCUAGGUCACAGAUUGGGAAUCCAGACAUUUUAUCCGCCUGUGAAACUGGAUUAAAAGCACCUCCAGUGUCUUGGUUCCCUUUAGCACAUGUCCACCUUCACAUUUGUGCCUCUGUGCCACCAGGUCCUCGCUCCUUGGGGGAAAUGUUGCAUGGGAUUCUGAGCUGAAUGACUCCUGUUGCAGCAGCCUGGGCUGACUGGUGAUAGACAGAGCAGGAAGAGGCUCUUCCUUUGUAGAUAGAUCUCCAUGGGCGUUGGCUGUCAGUUCAGGCAGAUAGUGUCUAUCGUGUAGAGGAAUCCCUGUGGGUACUCAUUGAUCCACAGAGGUCUGUGCUUGUAAUUCCAGCAGAAGAAUCCCUUUUCCCUUUUGCAGGAAAUCUGUCGUCUGCAUUUGGUGAAAGGGAGCAGUCCUCCCAUGUUGCAUUCUGUGUAACUCUACACCAAAUUAUGUACUUGCAUUCAUGUUCUGCACCAGGGGAACAUGUACUCUGGAUUGUAACUUCCAACUGUUUUAAACUACAAGACAACAUUAUAUAUACUACCUUUGUUUAUUGAUUGAUUGAUUUUGACUGAACUUUUCACCUCCUGAGCAGUCCCCUGAUUCCAAUGGUCCUUACAGUAAAUGUCUACUGUUUGCAUUGAAACAAACUACUAAACUUAGGGCACAAGGAAUGCCUUUCUCACAUAUACUACUUAUUGUCUUAAGCUUCCACCUUGUUUUUAAUUCUUUGUUUGCACUACAAUUAGCAGCUAUGAACAAAAGUUGUAUUACGCUAGGAAUUAGAAGAAAUAGAGAAACUUACACCUGUUCUCUUCAGGCCAUGAUUCUGCUUCUUUCAUGUUUUACCCUGACUUUCUAGAAAUUCUCCUUCCUUUUGUAGAAAUUUUCCUUUCAUUACCUUUACAGUUGUUAGCAGUUUCCAGUGAUACGGACAGGAAUAGAAACUAAAGUCAGUUUGUAACUAAAACCCCAGGACAAGACUGAAAAAAUAAAGUUGUUUUGCAGAGUGCCUUAAAACAACACUGACAUUAACUGAGGGCAGGGGAAAAGAGUAGAAGCACAUUGCUCUUUAUCUGUGGAUUUUCCAAAGGCUCAAUCAAUGUGGCAUUCUAUUUCUCUGGGAUUUGAAGAAAUGUUAAAUACAUGAUGCGUUGCAAAUAGAAGUCCACGUCCAUUAUUUAUAUGGGAUGGGGUAAGUUUAAAUUUGAAAUAUACAAAAUUGACAAUACCAUCUGGGAUGAGAAAGACGGGUUUCCACUUGAGAUUCUUGGUGUAGCUAGCAGAAAAAAUGGAUUAAACUAGGCAAGCUUUACAAUAUUUGUUUACGGAAAACCUUUGAUUUAACUCAGUUUGACAUUUACCUUUGAUUUUUUGCAGCAGUCUCUCCCAAGUACUUAAUCAAAGGUACUAAAAUAUGAUAUUCAAUUUACACAUAAUGUGGAACGAACUAUAAUACAAUUUGCAAUUUCCACCUCAUUGUUUUUCCAGUGAUUUCAUGUGAGUGCAGAGUUGAAACAUUGAAUCUUUUAACAACAAUAACAAGGUGAGAAAGAUUAAAUGCACCAAAUGGCAGAGUUUUUGCUUCAAAAGGAAGUAGUACACUUGGAAUGAUGCAGUGCCCAAAGCUUUUUUAAAAAGGACUAGAAAAGCUCAUUGAUUCCAGAGUAGUGCCACUCAAUGGAAGAUGGAAAAUGCUUUGUGUGCGCUAUCACCAUGAAGGAAAGAAACUGACAAUGGACACUUGCAAGUUUUUGGCACAUAAGAUAUCUUGAGAAGCAUUGAUCUAAGGGGAAGGAUUGUAUAUUAAAUACUGUGUUUCUGAUUCUCUCAAAAUACAUAAUCUCCAUAAUAACUGCCAUCAAGGAGAUUAUCUGGAAAAUACACAACAGAUAAAUAUCUGCACAUCAGUUCUGGCAAAAACUGUUCUGGCAUUGGAAAUGGGAUACCUGCAUUCACAAAAGUGUGGUGGAAAGUAGGAGAGACCAUGUUCAGCUUGAUCUGAAUGAGGAGUUAAGAUUUCAUGUAGAAAUUCAAAUCUGAAUUACAGAUUGUAAAAUGCAAAUGUGGUGGCAUCUUAAGAAAUUAGGCUAAACACCUUUUUUUCUGGUUGGCAUUGCAGUACCAUCCUUGAUUGUAACAGCAUUAAACAACCUAUUAUGCUGUGGA